AUGGCGACUACCAUGAAGAGCCUACUACACCCGAUGCAACACCACCGGGACAAAAAGGAGGGCUCGUCGCCGCACCACUCGGGCCCGCUGCACGACAGGAACGACUCGGCCAUGGACCGCCCGCGCGAGGAGGAGAAGCGCACGCUUGCACAGUGGGAACAGCAGAAGGGCACCCUCAGUCCGGACGAGAUAUACAAGGAUCCCGAGCAGAAAGUAGUCGGCCACUCGUCCAAAGUGCUGCGAGAAGAAGACUUUGAGCUCAUAAAGACGCUCGGCACUGGCACUUUUGCGCGCGUGUGGCUCGUGCGACUAAAAGACGCCAAAGCCGAGGACGAGGACAAGGUCUUUGCGCUGAAGAUCCUGCGCAAGGUGGACGUCAUCCGACUAAAGCAAGUCGAGCACGUCCGGAACGAGCGCAAUGUCCUCGCCAAAGUCGCCGGACACCCCUUCAUAACCACCAUGGUCGCUAGCUUUCAAUCGCUCGAAUCACUGUACAUGGUGCUCGACUACUGCCCCGGUGGAGAAGUCUUCAGCUACCUGCGAAGAGCGCGACGCUUCAACGAGCCCACCUCACAAUUCUACGCUGCCGAAAUCGUGCUAAUACUAGAGUUCCUCCACGAACGAGAAGGCGUCGCAUACCGGGAUCUGAAACCCGAGAACAUUCUCAUAGACGCCGAAGGUCACCUUAAGCUGGUCGACUUUGGUUUCGCGAAGAAGGUGGAGAAUCGGGAGACCUACACACUGUGCGGCACACCCGAGUAUCUGGCACCCGAGGUCAUAAGAAAUACAGGCCACGGAACCGCAGUCGAUUGGUGGGCAUUCGGCAUCCUAGUCUACGAAUUCUUGGUCGGCCAACCACCCUUCUGGGACCAGAACCCCAUGAAGAUCUACGAACAAAUCGUAGAAGGCAAAGUGCGCUUCCCCUCGGCCAUGUCCUCGGACGCGCGCGACCUGAUCUCCGGCCUCUGCACCGUCGACACCUCCAAGCGCCUCGGUAACAUCAGCGGCGGCGCCAGCCGCGUCAAGUCACAUCCGUGGUUCAAGAACAUCGACUGGGACCGCCUGUACAACCGCGAAGUCAACGGGCCCAUUGUCCCGCACCUCCGCGGCCCGGCCGACACGAGGAAUUUCGACGAGUAUGAACCGGAGAGCAGCCAUCGUGAUGCAUACACCAAGGAGCUGAGCGACAAGUGGGACGAGAGUUUUAGGGAUUUCUAAGUGGUGAGGGGAGAGGAGAUACGACUGGGCUGGCGCCAAUUAGAUGCGUUACGAGCGAAACCAGGAACAGCAAAAGAGACGGAAGCACGACAUGAUCGUGACAACUUGACGAUCCUUUCAACGAAGCGAAUCAUACUAGCACGGGGGGGAAACACUGGCGCAUGGAAACUCCUUCUUGCGCGCUACGUUGCAUCUGCUAAGCAAUGCACGAAUUGGAUAUCUACGAAAGCAUAUUAUUCCCCUUUUGCCUGCACCACCACGAUUGACGAUACUGUACAUUACCACUUCUGCACAGACACUUGUCGAAUUCAAUACUAGCAAUUUGAUCA